UUGCCAGCAAGCAAUGAAGUCGUUGACGUGUGUGGUGAUCGGAGAUGAGAGCGUCUUUGGAGUGGAGAUCGAGGAUUGGAAGAAAGUAUGGCAACUGAAGAAGAUGAUUGUGGAGGAGAACGACUAUACAUUUGCUCCAAAGGACCUCAAGCUUUAUGCCGCGAAGAAGGGCGACAAUUGGCUGAAGACGAGCGAUCCGAGUGUCAAGCGACUGGAAGAUGGCAAUGUUCCUGCUCAAAUCAAAGACAUCAUGAAGCAAAAUGGUGAAAUGGAUGCAAGCUAUCGUCUGCUUAACACAGCGUUCGGUUUCCCAAACGAAGAAGAUGCUGAAGACGGUGACAUCCACGUUCUGGUCGACAUUCCGGAGUACGUCAAGAAAAGUCUUCGCAUUCUUCGGUACAAUCAACAAGAUGUAUCACAAGACUUGCCUAUGGACAGUGGAUUGUCGCCUGCAUCGGCUUGGGAUUGGCUUGCUACAUUCUUUUCUUCACCAACGAAAGCCUCACCGUCCAAAAAGGAUGUCUAGCAGGCGCCGCGUUGGCAGUGUCCGCAUACGCUGCGAAGGUGAUGGAGAAGAGGACGGAUUACUUGCGGGCGAGAAUCGAAGAGCAGCAACGUCUAUUAGACUAUGGAACUCUGCCUCAGAUAGUUUACGUAGUGCUUUCAGAUAGCAUCCUCACAAGAGCAGGAGUUUUGAUAGAAAAUGGCAGCGAUUCGCCUCGUUUUGUUUGCAAUUUACAUUAUCUGCUCCACUAACUUGCGUCAGAAUCACUUGAAACUUGGACAGCAGUCAGAUCUAAUUGCAAUACAACUUUUCUGUGAGUCUUGGU